CAUCUUACGAUUCAACCUGGUGCAUCGAAAUGUCAGUUAAUGUCGAAGACAUCGUUCUCCAUAAUUUCAGAGAGUACGUGAAAUCUGCUAAGCAUAUUCUCGUCAUUACAGGCGCUGGUCUUUCUGCGGCUUCAGGUAUUCCAACCUUUAGGGAUGGUGGUGGCAUGUGGAACUCCCUCGACGUUGAAAAGUUGGCUACACCCGAAGCCUUUGCAACGAACCCAGGUUUGGUGUGGCAAUUCUACCAUUAUCGCCGGGUGAAGGCUCUAGAGGCGCAACCCAAUCAAGCCCAUUACGUUUUAGCCAGACUCUCAAUACCCAAGCUGCUCAAGAAAGUCGCUCCUCAGGCCAAAACCUUUCAUCAUGUCACUCAGAAUGUUGACAGACUGAUAAUACGCGCUAUGGAUAACCUCAACAAUGACACACCUGAGAGCCUGUCUCAUUUGAACCACUCGCGAGUGAACUCCGUGAUUGAAAUACACGGGCGUAUUACGGAUGUCCAAUGCACGCAAUGUGGUCAUCGCGAAGAGGUUUUGAGUAGCCCUCUUUGUAGUUCCCUUGAUACGUCUAUCUUGAAUGGGUAUGAAGAUGCUGGUUCCGAACACCGAUAUAUUGCUCCGGAAGACCUGCCGCGAUGCUCUGCUUGUGGCGCCCUUGCUCGCCCUGGUGUCGUCUGGUUCGGGGAGAAACCUUACCACCUGGACGAUAUCAAUCUGCUCGUCUACAAAGCUGACUUGUGUAUCGUGAUCGGCACUUCCUCGACCGUACGACCUGCAUCGACAUAUGCCUAUCGUGUACAACGGCACGGAGGCAAGGUGGCUGUCUUUAAUUUGAACGAAAGUGUGGGUGACGAACGUGCCGACUUCAUCUUCCGCGGUCCUUGCGAAACAGAGUUGCUCCGUGUUUUUCCGGAGUUGGCCUGAUUUCAUUUCUCGAUUUUGGGUUCAAUCACGGUUUCAAUGCUCUCACCUUCAAGUUGUCUUCAUUUCAGCUUGAAUCUCUGUGGAUAUAUGACUGUCGUAUCGAUAUACUGUUCACCCUGCUUAUUGAAGAAUUGUCGUCCUC